AAUCAGUACAGCAGGGUCCUGGAGUAUCCACAUAGGACAAGGCUUUCCAAUGAACUUGGCCACCACCAGGGAGAAGUAACACUUCCUUCUGCAAGACAAGUGUCACCUUGAGUUAGCAUGAUCGAGAAUACCAUUACAUAUUUCUCCGUGUGUCUGGAGCAAGGUUCCCAGAAGAAUGUUAUUGGAACCGGUGAAGUCAGGAUUCAGGCUGGUGUGAGGGAUCCUGUGCCCCAGCCAUAAAACCUCAUGUGAAGACUAUCAAUGCGGGUCAGCACCCUACCACCCGGCUCAAGAAUGCCCAGGGUACAUAUCAAACCCACAUCCACCAGGGCCGCAGAGCCGACAGAGACAUCCUUUUUGUUCUUAGACUAGGUCAGAGCCCUGGGGACCAUGGAGGCUACAACUUAUUCUUAUUUAUUUAUUUAUUUAUUUAUUUAUUUAUUUAUUUAAUUUUAUUUUCGGAGCUGGGGACCGAACCCAGGGUCUUGCGCUUGCCAGGCAAGCACUCUACCACUGAGCUAAAUCCCCAACCCCUAUUGUUAUUAUUUUAUCGUUAUUUAGUACUAGGACUUAAGCCCAGGGCUUCCUGGAGCUCUACCCGUGAGCACUUCCCCAGCCCACUCACUUCGGGGAUUCUGGGCGGGGCUCCACCCUGACCAUGCCCAGUCCUUAGCUGCGGGACUCUAGAAGGCGCUGUAUACUUCUGGUUGCUGUUUUGAUGGUUCAGGGUUUGCUCUGCAGCCCCAGCUGGCCAUAACUGGUUAUGUAAACAAGGUUGGCUUUGAAUUCCUGGAGAUCUUUCUGCCUCUACCGGCCUGAUCCUGGGCUUGAAGGCGUGAGCCACCAGCCACACCUGCUGACUCAGGUUGACAGGUCUUGCUUGACCUGUGUGGCCCUUGUUUGCUCGGUGUAAGCUAGCAAGCAGCCUUUGAGCUCAUGAAGUGCUUGCUUCUAUCCCUCAAAUCUCUAGGAUGUGAGGGUCCUUCCUAGUUACAAGCUCAGAUAAACCGUGACCAUUGUACUCUGCCCACUGUGGGCAGAAGCCCAAAACGGAAACACGGGACAUGCCCAGCACAGAGGGGAAUGGCUCCACAGGUGUGCACUGUCAUAAAAGUUCUUGCAAUUGCACCUUCCAGACGGUGCGUUUAUUAUGCUCCAUUGUGGAUCAAUAAAGAUUGCAUGGAGCUGAAGAUAAACUGCAUGAAGGAAUGUUCCUGGGGCUGUUGGAAAACAAGUCAUUCCAACCCCAGGGCUAGAGACCACACAUACAUUUGAAGUGCAAGUGUCUAGUUAGCUGGGCGGGAGACUCCUGAUGAAUGAACAGCUUGGGAUCAGCAGGUAGAGGAGCUUGCACCCAAGCCUGAGGACCUGAGUUCAAUCCCCAGGAUCCACAUAGUAGAGGGGGAAGGCCGCUGCCAAUACCUGCUCCACGAAUAGCUGGUGGAGGACUUUGAAUGGGGAAACUGCUAUUAUUUGGUGCUUUGAGGCCGGGACUUCUGUCUGCAAUGAUGUGUGAAGCCAUAUGUAAACCAGGUCUCUCCCCAGCUUCGCCCCAGCAGCUGGCCCCAGCAGCUGGCCCAUGAACAACCUCAUGAGCUUGAUUGGGGAAGGCUUCAGUGGGCAAAGCGCUCAUCUGGGUUCCACUGUGCACUAGCCACAGAAAGUGGUCCCUUGUUGGGUUGUGCCCCCAUCCUUGGUUGUUUUUUGAGACAGAAAACAGAGUCUUACUGUGUAGCCCAGGCUAGCCUUUAACUCUAGACCCUUCUCUUUAGUCUGUGACUUGAGCACUCUUGGAUUACUGACUUCUUUGCUUAGAGGCAGAGCCCUAGCCCAGAGUGAUCCUCCUGUGCCUGCCUCCUGAGGGUUAGGAUUAAAGGUAUGGGCCAGUCACCACACCUGGCACCUUCCUUUGGUUUUAAAAUGGUUUGUUCUUGGGCUGGAGAGAUGGCUCAGGAGUUAAGAGCACUGACAGCUCUUCCAGAGCUCCUGAGUUCAAUUCCCAGCAACCAUAUGGUGGCUCGCAACCAUCUGUAAUGGGAAAUGAUGCCUUCUUCUGGUGUGUCUGAAGACAGCUACAGUAUACUCACAUUCAUAAAAUAAAUAAAUAAAUAAACCUUAAAGAAAUAAAAUGAUUUGUUCUCACCACAUUGUAACAAAAAUAAAUUCUCAAAGACACUGAACUAAAUGAAGGCUGGCCAGGCCCUGGCCAAAGUGUGCUUGCCUAGAUUGGUGGGGACUCAGCUUUACCACUUGAGGAAAAAGAAUGCAGAGAACUCCCUUGUGAACCAGGUCUGGCAGCACAUGCUGUCACUUAGAACAAACUUCAUGGCCACCACGGGCUGCAGAGUGAGUUAAAACAAGCCAGAUAUAAGUGACCCCAAGAAGUGUUCAGAUUCAGACACUGAUGGUGACUGUCAAAGAUGAGGACCAAGGGAGUUCAUGUUUCACCCAUACCUGAGCUUCAAUAUAGGGCAAUGAGAAAGGUCUGAAGGGCUGUGGGACCUAGUGAAAACAUACUAGGGGUUGAGACCAGAGGAGUGCAGGGAGCCGAGGCGAAGCCUGGACAAUACGGUACCUUCCAGACCAGUGUGGGUGGGGUGCUGAGACACUGUUUCAAAAUUAAAAAACAAAAACAAGCAACAAAACAAAAACCAGGGAGUAUUGUUUAGUGGGUAGCGCUCUCGCCUUUAGGACACGAGGCCCCACCAAAGCAAAAAGCGGGUAAGGUAGUUCAGGCGUACCAUCCCAGCAAGGAGGAUCAGGAGCACAGGAGUCUCACACAGUGACUGGGGCGCCAAGUCUAGGAAUAUAAUAGGAAACUAAACAAGUAUGAUUUGACUGAUGCUGGUCGCCGAAGUCCUGUAAUGUUCUUGCUGAGAGUCUAUCUGCAAACCCUAAAAAGACUGGUCUAACCCCUCGGGGUCCUGCUCGUCUGGAACACCACCCGCGUUUAAGACGCACGCGCGGGGUUGGGGAUUUAGCUCAGUGGUAGAGCGCUUGCCUAGCAAGCGCAAGGCCCCGGGUUCGGUCCCCAGCUCCGGAAAAAAAAGAAAAGAAAAAGAAAAAAAAAGACGCACGCGCAGCCGAGCGUGGGAAACCGAUAGUACAGCCGAUUACACCGCUGCGGAAGUAGUACAGCGCCAGUGGCUGCCAUUUCUCCUACAGGGGCAGGGGAGGCGCCGCGCGCAUGCGCCUCAAUUGGGGGCGGAGCCUCGCCGAAAAAGAUCUCGCGAGAGCCCGGCCUGCGAUCUUGUGGCCGCCCCCUGUUCCCGACCUCCGGACUGCGCUGCAGCGUCAGCUUCACUCUGUCUCGGUCUUCUCUCGCCGGCGCUCCCGGCUUUGCCGCCUUCCACCUUCUGCCCGGCCUAGGCCGCAGCCCCGGGCCCGGUUCGCGCUGCCCCCUAUGGGCCCCGGCUGAGGUGCCGCCGCCGGCCGCAGAGCCCUGAUGCUGGCCCGGAGGAAGCCGGUGUUACCGGCGCUCACCAUCAACCCUACCAUCGCUGAGGGCCCGUCCCCCACCAGCGAGGGCGCCUCCGAGGCACACCUGGUGGACCUCCAGAAGAAGUUGGAAGAGCUGGACCUGGAUGAACAGCAGAGGAAGCGGCUGGAGGCCUUCCUUACCCAGAAGGCCAAGGUUGGUGAGCUCAAGGACGACGACUUUGAGAGAAUCUCAGAACUGGGUGCAGGCAAUGGCGGCGUGGUCACAAAGGCCCGGCAUAGGCCCUCUGGCCUCAUCAUGGCCAGAAAGCUGAUCCACCUGGAGAUCAAGCCAGCUGUCCGCAACCAGAUCAUCCGGGAGCUGCAGGUGCUGCAUGAGUGCAACUCACCGUACAUCGUGGGCUUUUAUGGGGCCUUCUACAGCGACGGCGAGAUCAGCAUCUGCAUGGAGCACAUGGACGGUGGCUCACUGGACCAGGUACUGAAGGAGGCCAAGCGCAUUCCCGAGGACAUCUUAGGGAAGGUCAGCAUUGCGGUGCUCCGGGGCCUGGCGUACCUCCGCGAGAAGCACCAGAUCAUGCAUAGAGAUGUGAAGCCCUCCAACAUUCUGGUGAACUCUCGUGGAGAGAUUAAGCUGUGCGACUUCGGAGUGAGCGGCCAGUUGAUUGACUCCAUGGCCAACUCAUUUGUAGGGACACGCUCCUACAUGUCCCCAGAACGGCUGCAGGGCACCCACUACUCUGUGCAGUCGGACAUCUGGAGCAUGGGGCUGUCGCUGGUGGAGCUGGCCAUCGGGAGGUACCCCAUCCCCCCACCUGAUGCCAAGGAACUAGAGGCCAGCUUUGGCCGGCCUGUGGUGGACGGGGCAGAUGGAGAGCCCCAUAGUGUCUCACCGCGGCCCCGGCCCCCUGGACGCCCCAUCAGUGUAGGUCAUGGGAUGGACAGCCGACCAGCCAUGGCCAUCUUUGAGCUGCUGGACUACAUAGUGAAUGAGCCACCUCCCAAGCUGCCCAGUGGUGUGUUCAGCUCAGACUUCCAGGAGUUUGUGAAUAAAUGUCUCAUUAAGAACCCAGCAGAGCGUGCAGACCUCAAGCUGCUGACGGUGAGUGAGUGGAGGUGUCUCCUGGGCCAAGGACUGGGGCUGUCUGCCGGACGGGAAAAGUCUGGAUGCUGCCAGUCUCGGCAGUCUGAUGUUAGAAGUGGUGCAGAGGUGAGGGUGUGCUUCGAUGCCCACCUCUUGAUUCUUAAAGGCCGUGUCUCACAGCCAUCAAGGGCUUAGGCCACCUGUGAGGUUGAGGAUUGACAUGAAAACACUCAUAGACCUGCACCGUGAAAGCUCUCCACCUACAAGGCGGGCCAGCAGAGCCCGGAGACUCCCAGGCAGGUCUUAGCACCCCCCACCCCACCGCACACACACCCCCCUUCCUAGACACACCUAAUCUGGUUUAAGCACCAUCUGUCUAUUUUUUAGGCCCCUAAGAAAGAAAGCCAUUCUAGGCACAGACACGUGUACCCCUGCUCCACCCCAGGGGCGGGGAGGUGAACACAGGCGCCUCCUCACUGAGAACAGCCUCGCAUGCCCGCCAUGCCAACACCGAGACAGCCACUCAGGCACACACCCACCUUCCCAGCACUCUGGGAGGUGAGACAAGAAGAUUAAAACGUCAGAAUUAUCUUUGACUACAUAGAAGUUUAAGGCCAGCCUUGGCUACAUGAGCACUGUCUCAAAAAGAAAAAAGAA